AUGUCAGCUGUGGCCAUUUUCUCAUGUAGACCAAAUUCACACCCAUUCCUUGAGCGACACAUCUCUCUCCAUGAACCAGUCAAAGUAGGCAGAUCUGUGGCUAAGGCUCGCCCAUCUCCCACCAAUGGCACAUUUGACUGCAAAGUUCUGUCAAGGAACCAUGCUAUGCUUUGGUAUUCUAAUGGAAAGUUCCAUCUGCAAGAUACCAAGAGUAGCAAUGGUACAUUUGUCAACAACCAGAGGCUCAGUAAAGGUUCAGAGGAGAGUGCACCCAGAGAGAUAUUUUCUGGGGAUAUUAUACAGUUUGGGGUUGAGGUAAUGGAAAAUAACCGAAGGGGUGAAAAAAUUACCCAUGGUUGUAUAAUUGCUACUGUAACAUUAUUUCAUCCAGAUGGACGUGAGGCCAAGCCUAUGUACCCCAACUGUAAUACUCUUCUAAAUAAUCCAGCUUCACCAGGAGUUACGAUACAGUCACAAGAACUCUACCAGCUGGCUCAAUACCUUCAGGAGGCCCUACACAGAGAGCAAAUGUUGGAACAGAAACUCUCUGCGUUACAGGACCUUGUACAACACACACAAGAAGCAUCAGAAAAUGGCUGGCAGGCCUUAAUUGAUGAAGAUAGAUUAUUAUCCCGGUUAGAGGUUUUAGAAAGUCAGCUGAAUACUUAUUCUAAGAAUCAUGCUGAAGACACUCUUCGACAAGAACUAGUAGCUCUACAAGAUGACAAGCAUCAUUAUGAAACGACAGCAAAGGAAUCCUUACGGAGAGUGUUACAGGAAAAGUUAGAGGCUGUGAGAAAGAUAUCAGAUCUUGAGCAAUCGCUUGGCAACACUGAAAACGAAUGCUGCUACCUGAAGGAGAUCACAGAGAAAACUCAGAAUGACCUCAAGCAGUUGGCAGAAGAUUACCAAGAACAACGGAAAGAGGUGGAGCAGCUGCAGGAGAAGCUGGAAGAAGCUGAACGAAAGCAUCAAGAAGAACUGGAAAAAAUUGAGAAAGAAAAACAUGAGCUGAAUGAAAAACUUGAAGAAAUGACAAAGCAAGAAAAAAUACUUUAUGCCAAGGUUGAGUCUUUACAAGCUGACAAUGAUAUCUCCAAGGAACAGUUGACUGCCAUCAAAACAAAAUGGGAAAAUAUCAAAGAGCUUGAGGGGGAUAAUAAGAUUAUUCCUUUGCAUGAUGACAUAUCAAUUCUCUUGGACAAAAACAAACUAGGUGAACGGCGGAUGGAGAUCAUUCCUAUCACCAAACUUGGCCAGGAACCAGAGGAAUGGCAAGAAAAAUUACGAGAUACCCAGUAUCAAAUAGUAAAUUACAAAGCCAAAAUUCAAGAACUGGAAACUCAGUUAAAAGAAAGCCGAGAAAAGGUUGAACAGAUACAAAAUGAGCUUGACUUGGCCAACGAAGAUUCCAACAAAUACAUUUUGAAAAUUGCUGCCUUGGAAAAAAAGUUACAACUGUCCGAUAUGCAUAUGAAUCAAAUGGUGGAUAACACUAUGGAUAAUUUAAAACUUCAACUGAAAGAGUCACAAAGACAGACAGAUUGCAGUAGUAACUUAAAUACACAUUUAGUAGCAGAAAUUGAAGAGUUGGAAUCUGAGUGGACAUUACAACGUCCAGAAAAGGUUGACCAGCAAGGAGAGAAAUUCGACAAUGACACUUUAACCCAUUCGCCCACCAAUCAAAUGGCUAAUCAUGUUGAUUCUGAGAAACCUCAACUCAUUGAUGUAGAAAAGCUAAAAGAACAAUUAAGAAAAGCUGAAGCAACAACGAGGGAUGUAAAACAACAAAUCUUGGAUUUACGUGACCGCAUGCUUGAAGAACAAGAACAAAGUCACUUAAUACAGGAACAAGCUGACCAUGUCAGAAAUCAACUUGAACAUGAGAAAACAAGGCAUAAAGAGACUCAAGAUGAGCUUAUGGAGAAAAAGCGACAACUCCAGGAGGCACAACAAUCUGCCAAACAAAACCGAAAUGAGGCAGAACAGCUCAGAAAUAAAGUGAAGGUUCUACAGGAAGAACUUGAAACUGAGAAAAAUACUCGUCAAAAAGACACGCACCAUGGUAAGAGCAUGCACGACUCGACGCACAGGCCCACAGCAAAAAGCAAAAGUGAAUUGAAUUCAUUGAAAGAAGAAUGUACAAACCUGAGGAAGAGGAUACAAGCUAUAGAAGCUGAGAUGAAGCUAUCAAGGAAAGAAAAUUUGCAGCUGUCCUCUGAUUACAACAAACUGCAAGAAUCUUACCGAGAGUUGGAGGCAUUAAAAGACAAACUGGAACACAAAGAGAUCCUUUGGAAGUCCAACAUGACUGAUGCCCAGAAAGAGGCUGAGCAGGCCAAACAGGAGAUGGGUCAGACGAAAGACCUAAUGGGUGAACUGACCCACAAAUGCGACCAGUACACAGAAGAAGUAAGCAAUCUUCGGCAAGAACUUGGCAGUAUGCUGGAAGACUACCGUUAUCUCAGGGACAAAAGUAAAUUGCUGUCGUUCAUCUCCAGCAUUCCUCUGUUGAUUCUGCUGUUUGCAGUCCUUUUGGCCUUGUAUCCAACUCUAGAAGGAAUCACUGCCACCUCAGCUUCCGAGCGUCAUCCUAAAAAUGGCCUUAUCGGAAUUGCAAAUAUUUCUUCUCAUCUAAUAAAUUGGUGCCUGGUAUCUUCCUGGCCAACAGUGUGCAAGUAUGAUGGGUUAGAACACCUUGGUGCGAAGAAAGGUCAAAAAACAGGUAUUUUUCUUCGUUUUUUUUUUUCUUUUUGCACUUUUUCUUUCUUCAUAUUUUUGUUAGAUUUCUUUUUUGUUUUUGCUUUCUCACUUCGUUAUUUUUUCCUUCUUCGUUUUUGUAUUUUUCCUCCUUUUCUCCCUUUCUUUUUCUUUUCUUUCUCUUUUUUUUUUUUCAGGAAUUGCACAAAAAAAAAGAGUUAG